ACUAUUAGCAUUAGCUAAGCUUUGUGUGUCAAUUAUAGAGGACACAGGACAACCUUUAAGACCACAGAAAAAUGUAAUGUCAGACUAGGGAGGAUAGGUCACUUGUCUGUGGUUCCACGUUCACAGGAGGAUUUACAGGCCGGGCUCAACAUGCUGGUCGGAAAAACCCAGUCUGUCGCCAGACAGCGUGGGGAUCUUAUUUUGAAGGACAGCCGUCACAGCCGGAAAUUGUACGGCGCGAAUCCAAUAUAUUUCUCGCAUUUGCUGCUGCGGCUAUUUCGGCAACGUUUAAAUUUCAGCAGCGUUUCAAAGGAAGCGAUAGAUAUUUAACAAUGCGUCGACAUCGACAUGAGAAGCGCUGAAGCGGAUUUAUCACAGAUUUUAUCUGUAUAUGAAGAGAGGCGCGUCGGACGGACAGACAGUCAGUCUAAUGAGUUAUAUGCAGGAAAAGACACAUAUAACAGGCUUCUUAAUAUGACGGGCGGACCAUCUGGUUCCCGACUUUGACAUCAGCGCACAGGUGAACAGCGCCCAGACAGAGCCAGAGGAGACAUGAUGUGGACCUUCAGCCCGUGGGUUCUGCUGCCUCCCAUCUACUCGCUGUGCACAGCUGCUGGACUGUGGAUCGUAUACUUUCUAGCUGUCUGGGAUAAGAAGAUAGUACCUCUGGGUUCACAGGCCUGGAAAAUCAAUGAGUCACUGUAUCCUCCAUUCAUCAGUGUCGCAGGAAACUUUCCGCCAGUCAGCUGCCUCUUCAGCGAGGUCAUGAACCUGGCAGCGUUUGGAGGGUUCAUCAUUGCUGUGCUCAGGUACCUGCAGCUGAGACCCAGAGUAAACAAAGCGUGGCUCAACGUCGUCAGUCUGGUGACUUUCUCUGUUGCCUGCUUUGGAAUGACGCUGGUUGGAAACGUGCAGGUAUUUACUCAGAUGAAGGUUCAUGACUUUGGCACCUGCUUGACGUUUGGAGUGGGAUCGAUAUUCUGCUGGCUGCAGUCCUACAUCACUCUGAAAGUGAAUCUGAUGAAGGAGGGGAAGAAGGUCGCCAUCGUUCGUUUCCUGCUGUCCGGAAUCAUCACGGUUUGCAUCGUACUCUACUUCUCGCUGGCGUCCCAGCACCUCUACAUGCAGGCAGCUCAGUGCCAGUGGCUGCUGGUCAUGUUCCUCCUCCUCUUCAUCAGCUCGCUUGCCAUCGACUUUCGCCACAGUCGCUUCUUCGUGACGUGCUCGGAGAACUCUGACCACAUGACCUCAGAAUUCCUCCCCGAAGAGUCCAGGUCUGAGCUGAAACAGCUGUAGGGACGUUACACACUUACAAUUGGUGUUACAGUACAUAAUUAUAUUUAAGAGGGAUAUUUAACAACCAGAGCUGUGUGAACCCAUAUCUGUGUUAUACCCACUACUGUACUUAUUUACUUGUUUGUAAAUAAAACAGAAUUUGCUAAAUUAGUAUUUUAGCAACAUGUAACAGAGAUUCUACUGUAAUAAAAGUCACAAUUACGACAGUGUUGUAUUGUUUCCUGAAGAAAAAAGGAUUUGCAUUGUCAUAAACUGCAGUUAUGUCUCAAUGUGGAUCACAUGCUUUUUGACACAGUAAAACAACUGCUAACACAGCAAUAGUUUCAGGAGAUGAGAAAAAAACACUGAAAAAAAGCACUUCAGUCCGGCAAAAAAGGGAGGGAGAGAUAGGUGUGUUUGUGUGUGCGCGCGCGCGCGCGUGCGUGUGUUGCAUUACUUGGGGACACACCUUAAGGCAACACAGGCGACAUUAUCAAAUGAGCCAGCUUAAGCGUUCACCAAAGAGCAAUAAACCGUAAUGGUUGAAAUCCGACGAUUGACGUCUAUCUGCGCACUGUUUUACUUGUUCUUUGUUACUUUAACUUACGGUUUAGCGGAAAUUACAGCUCAACUUGGCCAGACUGUCAAUCUAACAUGCUCGGGUCAGGAUGACAUCACUGGGCUCGUUUUGAAAAGAUCCGACCUGGAUCCUCCAUACGUCUUUGUUUUCCGGGACAAUCGUCCAGACCUGACCAGACAAAAUCAGCUGUUUCAGGACAGAGUGAAGCUACCGGGCCCUUUGUUGAAGAAUGAUGAAGGCGAUGUUGUUUUAUACCUGAGUAACGUGAGCUGGAGCGACAACGGAACAUACAGCUGCCGAGUGCACAGACGUGAGGGUGGUCCAGUGGAGACGUCCUUUGAUGUUAGAGUCAUAGAGCCAAAUGGAGGACCUAUCCCCACUGAUGACUCCCCCACUGAAGACCCCCCCAGUGAUGACCCCCUUACUGAUGACACCCCCACUGAUGACAGCCCUGCUAAAGACAGCCCUGCUGAAGCUCAGGAAGACACCUUCAUCAUUAACUCGCUUGCCAUCGACUUUCGCCACAGUCGCUUCUUCGUGACGUGCUCGGAGAACUCUGACCACAUGACCUCAGAAUUUCUCCCCGAAGAGUCCAGGUCUGAGCUGAAACAGCUGUAG